AUGUGGAAAAAGUCUCUCUCGGUAUAUAAAAAGGUUGACGAAGUUGCUGAUAAAGAUAAUUCAAAUCAACAAAACACAUUCAACUAUCAAAAGCUAACUGAUUCUGAAAUCAUGCCAAAACAACAAAACAAAGAAAAAAGAAAAUCGUCGAGCUACUCGCAUAGCUCAACGACUUCAACAUCUUCUUCCACGUGUCCAAGUACUAAACGGUACACUUCGAGUCAACAGUCAUUUGCAUUCGUACCGCCCAUCUUUCCGGUCGUUCCACAGAAAUUUGUAUUUUUCGGAUAA